AUGGAAGGCAAGCAGCAGGCGACGUCAAGCACUGGGAAAUCUGAGGCACUCUCUCUCAGGAGAGUUGCUUUCUUUGGUGUGGCCCUUUCCACCGCGGCCACACUCAUCUGCGUGAUCUCCGUGCCAAUGCUCUACAACUACAUGCAGCAUAUGCAAUCGGUGAUGCAAAACGAGGUUGAUUUCUGCAAAUCCCGUUCUGGAAAUAUUUGGAGAGAAGUUACCCGUACUCAGGCCCUCGCUGGAUCCACAAGGAAAGCUCGUCAGGCUGGUGGUGGAUGCUGCGGAUGUGGAGUUUCUCCUGCUGGACCACCGGACCACCUGGACCAGACGGAGAACCUGGAGCCGGUCGCCUGGCCAGCCCUGGUAGAGAUGGACCCGAUGGCCCACCAGCAACACCACCUCCCAACCCUCCUGCUCCAUGCUUCAACUGCCCUGCUGGUCCUCCAGGUUUUUUUCCCAACAGGAAACCGGAGGCAAGGCGCAACCAGGAAGACCCAGCUACAAGAGAUGGCGCAGAACCAGGAUGAUCCGGCCAGCAGGAGGUCGCGGACCCCAGGACCCACCGGACCACCGGAAACCCUGGUCAGCCCUGGAACCCUAGGAGCCCAGAGCCCAGUACAAAAACUCACCACAGUUCCCGAUAACAGAGGACACCUGGACCGGCCUGGACCUCCUGGGCCUCCUGGACCCGAUGGUCAGCCAGGAGCACCUGGAAACCCUGGACAAGAUGGUGCACCAGGACAGCCAGGAGACAAUGGACAGCCUGGUGGUCCAGGACAGCCAGGAAAUGACGGAGCUGAUGGAGAAGACGGUGAGGGCGGAGCUCCAGGAGGCUGCGACCACUGCCCACCUCCUCGUACUGCCCCAGGAUAUUGA